AUGUCAGCGGCAUGCUUUAAGAUUGUGAUCUCCCGCGUGAAGGAGCACCUUGGAGGUGAUAUUCCAGUAGCUGUGCAAGGCGUCUGCAGCUACACCGUCUACGCUGGCCCUAAGAGUGACUUCGUCGCUCAGUUUCGUCUCAAGUUUCUUCAGCUGACUAAUGAAGAGGAUUUUUUUGAGGGGAAGCUGCUGCGACGGAAAUCCUCACAGGCGGAUUCCUCUUGUGAGGAUUUAGCUCAUUACUUGGGCGACACAUGA